ACUGCCGCGUGGGGUCCACGCUAGAUCCAUCUAACCGCCGCACUGCGAACUGCAGUCUCACCCUCUCCGCCCCUCGAUUUCCCCAUCAGACCCACCGGCGACCGCGAUCCUACCCUCCCUCCCGCUCCCGCUCCCCGUGCUCUGCCGCGCUUCUCGUCUCCCCCUUCCGCCGCCGCCGCUCCGUCCGCGGCCAGAUCCGGACCUCGUUGAUGCUGAUUGUGCUUCAGAAACUCUGAGAUUUAUUAAAUCUGUUAGCCAAUCAUGGAAGAACAGCAAGCGAAGCUCUCUGAUCCACAUCCAACACUGUCCACUCCUGUGGACAGCCAGGAUUCAACUGUGUCUUCUAUAAGAACUCCUGACCCUGUUCCUCAGGCUACUUCAAAUGAUUUUUCCACUCAUGUUGCCAGUACAGACCAUGUAGCUCCUUCACCUGCUCCUGCUCCCGUUGUUGUUCCGACACAAGAUUCUGCAGGAAGAGAGGGAUCAUCUUCCAUAUUUUCUACAUCUGGUCUAUCCUCCUGGGCGAAAAACCUGAAAAUAUCACAGCCUUCGCCAGGCCAGGAAUCACCAACAGGAAAGAACACAUUUUCUCGCCUAACUAGUGGCCUUGGGUUGCGCUUGUCUCCAAAAUCUCCUCAGCAAGAUGAGAGUGCUGAAGGCAGCACAACCCCAACAACAGCACAAUCUGGUGUUUUUGGCUCUUUUACUAAAGGCAUUGUGGAUUCCUCUAAGAAUGCUGUCAAGGCAGUGCAAGUCAAGGCUCGUCACAUGGUCUCACAGAAUAAAAGACGGUAUCAGGAAGGAGGGUUUGAUUUAGAUAUGACAUAUAUUACAGAGAACAUAAUUGCUAUGGGUUUCCCUGCUGGGGAUUUGAGCUCAGGGCUUUUUGGAUAUUUUGAGGGCUUCUACCGCAACCACAUGGAGGAAGUCAUCAGGUUCUUUGAAAUGCACCACAAGGGAAAGUAUAAGGUCUACAACCUUUGCUCGGAAAGGCUGUAUGAUGCAUCUCUUUUUGAGGGAAAGGUUGCAUGCUUCCCUUUUGACGAUCAUAACUGCCCUCCAAUACAACUUGUCAUAUCUUUCUGCCAUAGUGCCUACUCAUGGCUGAAGGAAGAUAUAGAAAACGUGGUGGUUGUCCAUUGCAAAGCUGGAAAGGCAAGGACAGGAUUGAUGAUCUCCAGUCUGCUACUAUACCUGAAGUUCUUUCCAACCGCGGAGGAGUCCAUUGAAUACUACAAUCAGAAAAGAUGCGUAGAUGGAAAAGGGCUUAUUCUCCCAAGUCAGAUUAGAUAUGUGAAGUAUUUUGAGCGCAUCUUGACUUACUUCAAUGGUGAAAAUCAACCUCCACGCAGGUGCAUGCUCAGGGGAUUUCGCCUUCAUAGAUGCCCUUACUGGAUUAGGCCAUCAAUUACUGUGUCUAAUCAUAAUGGCGUUCUUUUCUCUACUAAGAAGCAUCCUAGAACAAAGGAACUGAUGCCAGAAGAUUUCUGGUUUAGUGCACCAAAGAAGGGGAUCAUGGUUUUUGCGUUGCCUGGAGAACCUGGAUUAACAGAAGUAGCUGGUGACUUCAAGAUCCAGUUUCAUGAUCGACAGGGAGAUUUCUACUGCUGGUUAAAUACAACAAUGAUGGAGAACAGGGUGACCCUGAAUCCAACUGAUCUUGAUGAUUUUGACAAGAGGAAAUUACCAUCACCUGGAUUCCAGGUUGAGGUUGUCCUAGUAGACUAUGAUGGUUCACAACCACCAAAAACAAAACCAGCUUCUGCAUCUGCUGAUAAGAAGUCAGAAGCUGAUUCCUCGACUGGAACCGUUGCAAAAGAAAAUAGCUCUGCAGCUUCAGAGUCCAACAAGGAAUCUGCAAGCAAUGAUAAAGACGACGUCUUUUCUGACAGUGAAGCAGAAGAUGGAUCAUCUAGGGGCAGGAGGGAGAAGGUCCCUAAGAAUGUCGAAGGUACAAAUGCUGCUAAAGUAUCUGAAACAAGCGCUGUGCAAACGGAGGCGUCUGCUGCUGCUACCAGAAUUGAGAAAGCAUCUACAGCCAACGAACAAGGAACCGCAAGGACAGCUGAUGCUGCACCUCUCAAAGGUGAAGUUACCAGCAAGAGCAGCUCCGCUACAGCACCACCAGCUGCUGCUGACUCUUCUAGCAUGAGUGAAUUCAAGGCAAUUGCUGCAGAUGCUUCGGUCUUCUCAUUCGGAGACGAAGACGACUACGAAAGCGAAUAACCUGCUCUCUAUUGCGGGCGGCCGGUUUGCAAUUGUAUAGUUUGGUGCUUUCCAGGUCAUGAUAGGAUACCAACCUGGAAGAGCAACAGGUAGGGAAGUUUUAAAAAUUGUUUUAUUCGACCGUUCUGUGUCCACAAUCUGUAAUGUUGUACACGGAUGAACUUGUAACUCCAAAAAUGUCAGAACUUUGUGAAUACCUUGCCUAUUUGUUUACAGAGAUUAUACACAUGGAUUCUUGAGACCUUGACAUUUUUAUUACUU